AUGUAUCAACCACCCGCACUUGAAAAUGAUGGGGCGGAACUCAACUUCAUGAAUGAUGGAGACAAAUAUUUACCUCGGAACGAUCAAGACCUUCGUGAAAUCCUCCGCAUAUUCGUGUCAAAUAAAAAUCUUGCUUUAGCGCCUACGGCCAAGUUUACUGUAUUCAUCGAGACGCCAUCAAAACCAUUCAACUCCUGGACCUUCCCUAAAGUGUGUGAGCUCUAUGAGCUUAGCGAUGACCCGAAUCCUAGUAUUGAUGUCUAUUCCGUUUUUCAAUGCGGAUGUGCUAACACUAAGGAGGAAAAGUAUAAAGAAGCGUUGCGUAAAUUUUUUGAUGAAUUGGAAACUCGUGUCACGACAACCCCAUUGACGUGUCCUAUGAGGCCACAAAAAGCAUCUAUUCCUAUUCCUUUCUCGCCUCAGCAACUUACCCAUUUAAAAGCCAAAUAA